AUGAUGAACGUAUUAAGUGGUCGACAUGGUCGCUAUCUUAACAUAACGGGUGAUGUUUAUCUCAAUGAUUGUAUGAUGACACGAUCACAACGUGCACUCACUGAUUUAAUUGGACAUGUUGAACAGCAGGAACUUUUCCUUGAAACCACCACAUUGGAAGAGCAUCUCGUCUUUCAGGCGAUGCUUCGAAUGCCCCAAACUAUGAAGGAUAAUGAAAGACUCGAGCAUGUGGAGAAUAUAAUGCAACAGCUUAAUGUCGUUGAUUGUAGAAAUACAUUCAUCGGUAGACUUUCCGGUGGAGAAAAAAAACGCCUUAGUUUUGCAACGGCUUUACUAACUCGUCCACAAGUUGUUCUUAUCGAUGAGCCUACUUCAGGCUUGGAUACGUUUUCAGCUAAAUCACUUAUGAAAAUUAUCCGUUCAAUGGCCGUCGAACGUGAACAAGCCAUCAUCGUUGUACUUCAUCAACCGACAAGUGAUAUACUAGAUGUUAUUGAUAUACUCUAUUUUAUAGUCGAUGGUGGACGCCAAGCAUUUUACGGUACUAAAACUGAAGCUCAACAAUUCUUCAUCACUCAAUGUCAGUUGCCAUCUAUGCCACUUGAUAUGUGCAUCGAAAAGUUGUCUGCACCGGCGAGCAUCGUUGAUGAUCAAAGUAUGAUUUUACAAGAAAUAGCAGUUCAACAGUAUGGUCGAUCUGGACAAGAUCAAAUACUAGAAACAACAAUUGAAAGCCAUUUAAAGUCAAUAGAUAAACAUGAUAUCCCGACUGUAACAGAUAUUUUGCAGCGUAGCUCAUUCGGACGUCAAUUGAAAUGGCUUCUUUGGCGUUCGUUACUUAGCGCUAAACGGAACUCAAAACGAACGACUAAUUUAUUUUUUCGUCUUGUCAUCAUGGCAAUCAUUUUGGGUGUGCUCUUCUUUCAUACGACUAGAAAAUCGUUGGAUUAUAUAGUCAACAUUGAUGCUCUCUUAUUUGUUCUUUUCAUGUCAUUACUCGAAUCAAACAUGAGUCUGACACUUGUUGAGAUACCGAAUGAACAUGAAAUGGUUGUUUUCGAAUAUCGGCGACAUUUAUAUUCAGUGGGAGCCUAUUAUAUAAGUCGUCUUGUAAUUGAUACUUUCUUUCAUGUGAUUUCUGCUACAGUCUAUAUCAGUAUUAUUGUAUCUAUGACUGACCUUCAUCAUUGGAUCAUCUUAGUUUGUCUUACAAUAUUGAUUGUAAUGACUGCUUGUGCAUCAGCUGCACUGAUUGCUGCUGUUUCAUCAUCAGCUCGAACAGCCUUGUUAUACUCACAACCGAUUCAAAACUUGUUUCGAGCCCUUACUGGCUUCUUCAUUAAUCUACAUUCGCUUCCUGUCUUUUUGCGAUGGUUGCCAUAUAUAUCUUAUAUGCAUUAUGCUUAUCAGCUCAUACUUGUAGUACAAUGGUGGAAAACCGAUCUUAAUUAUCCAUGUGAUUUUACCACUUCACAUAAACUUACUACCAAUUCAACAUUAUUCAACAAUGAUACGUGUUCAAUUAGUGAUACCGAUAUUAUUACUUGUUUUCACACCUCUUAUAGGACCGUUGGAUAUAACAUGGCAGGACUUAUUUCUUUCUUAUUCGGAUUUCAUAUUCUAGCCUUUAUAAUAAUCUUCUAUCGUAUACGACGUGCUCUAUAA